AUGGGCGACCACGUAUGUUUCUUCUACGGAACCCUAAUGGCCCCCCAAAUCCUAUACCGCGUCAUCUACGGCCGUCCAGACCCAGAACCCUGGCAAAAAGAGCUACUGAGAUUCCAACCCGCAAUCUUACACGGGUUCAAGCGUCAUCGCGUCCGGAAUCAUAGUUAUCCCGCGAUCGUGGCUGCGAAAUCGGAAUCUAUGGUAGGCGAUGCCAAUGCCAAUGCCAAUACCAAUGCCGAGGCUUCUGUGCUGGGCACCUUAGUCUCCGGUCUUACGGACGGAGAUAUCUACCGACUGGAUCUUUUCGAGGGAGAUCCGUAUCGCAAGGAGGAGGUUACUGUUCGGACGUUGCGGAGUGAUGGGAAUGAAAAUGGUCAGGAUAGCUUGAAGGAUGUAUUGAGUGGUGUGGUUGACUCGGGGGGUAGUGGUGCUCAAUGUGGACUUGAAGGGGGGAAGGAAGUUGUUGCUGUUACUUAUGUAUGGAUUGCUGGUGUGGAUAAGCUUGAAGGGGUGGAGUGGGAUCUUGAGACGUUAAAGAGGGAGAAGAUGGCGAAAUGGAUUGCGGAUGAGAGUAUGUGGUAG